CUAUUGGUUGGUAGCUUGGACCAAUCAGAGAAGCCGUGAUUUGGCGGGAGUCUUCCAGUUCUUCGAGUUUUAGUGCAAGUGCUGGGUGUCCUACCUCAGAGGCUAUGUUCGUGUCCGAUUUUCGCAAGGAAUUCUACGAGCUGGUCCAGAGCCAGAGAGUCCUUCUCUUCGUGGCCUCGGAUGUAGACGCACUGUGUGCUUGCAAAAUCAUUCAGGCUCUGUUUCAGUGUGAUCAUGUGCAAUACACUCUGGUUCCAGUUUCUGGGUGGCAAGAACUUGAAACUGCGUACCUUGAACAUAAAGAACAGUUUCACUAUUUUAUUCUUAUUAACUGUGGAGCUAAUAUAGAUCUACUGGAUAUCCUUCAACCUGAUGAAGAUGCUAUAUUCUUUGUGUGUGAUACCCACAGGCCUAUCAAUGUUGUGAAUGUGUACAAUGACACACAGAUUAAGUUACUCAUUAAACAAGAUGAUGAUCUUGAAGUUCCUGCCUAUGAAGACCUCUUUAAGGAUGAAGAGGAGGAUGAAGAGCAUUCAGAAAAUGAGAGUGAUGUAUCAGAGCCUUCUGGGAAGCGCACAAGGUUAGAAGAGGAGAUGGUGGAGCAAACCAUGAAGAGGAGGCAGCGGAGAGAGUGGGAGGCUCGGAGGCGAGAUAUCCUCUUUGACUAUGAGCAGUAUGAAUAUCAUGGGACAUCUUCAGCCAUGGUGAUGUUUGACUUGGCAUGGAUGCUAUCCAAGGACCUGAAUGACAUGUUGUGGUGGGCCAUCGUCGGACUGACGGACCAGUGGGUACAAGACAGGAUCACCCAAAUGAAGUAUGUGACUGAUAUUGGCAUCCUGCAGCGCCAUGUGUCUCGGCACAACCACAGGAAUGAAGAUGAAGAGAAUACCCUUUCUGUGGACUGCACACGGAUCUCCUUUGAGUAUGACCUCUGCCUGGCUCUCUACCACCACUGGUCCCUCUAUGAUAGUCUGUGCAAUACCUGCUACACCGCAGCCAGGUUCAAGCUCUGGUCUGUGGAUGGGCAGAAGCGGCUUCAGGAAUUUCUUGCAGACAUGGGGCUUCCCCUGAAACAGGUGAAGCAGAAGUUUCAGUCCAUGGACAUCUCUUUGAAGGAGAAUUUGCGGGAAAUGAUUGAAGAAUCUGCAAAUAAAUUUGGGAUGAAGGAUAUGCGUAUACAGACUUUCAGCAUCCAUUUUGGUUUUAAGCAUAAGUUCCUGGCCAGCGACGUGGUCUUUGCCACCAUGGCUCUAAUGGAAAGCCCUGAGAAGGAUGGCUCCGGGACGGAUCACUUCAUACAGGCUCUGGACAGUCUCUCCAGGAAUAACCUGGACAAGCUGUACCUGGGCCUGGAACUUGCCAAAAAGCAACUGCAAGCCAUCCAGCAGACCAUUGCCAGCUGCCUCUGCACCAACCUUGUUGUCUCCCAGGGGCCUUUCCUAUACUGCUCCCUCAUGGAGGGCACUCCAGAUGUUGUGCUGUUCUCCAAGCCAGUAUCCCUGAGCCUGCUCAGCAGACACCUGCUCAAGUCCUUUGUGUAUUCGAGAAAGAACCGACGUUGCAAGUUGCUGCCUCUGGUGAUGGCCGCUCCACUAAGUGUGGAGCAGGGCACAGUGACCAUGGUGGGCAUUCCCCCAGAGACCGACAGCUCAGACAGAAAGAAUUUUUUCGGAAGAGCGUUUGAGAAGGCGGCAGAACGCACCAACUCCCGGACACUACAUAACCGCUUUGAUCUCUCAGUAAUUGAGCUUAAAACUGAGGAUCGGAGCAAGUUCCUGGAUGCACUUAUCUCCCUGCUGUCCUGAGGGAAUUUGAUUUCUUCAGAAGUGACUUCUCCUUAUUUAUAUUACCUGGCUUUUAUUUAGAUUGUAAGUUAUGGACAGUUUUAAAUGCAGUGGCGGUGGUUUUAAUGAAAUAAAAUGCUUCAUUUAAA